CGGGGCGAAGAGGGCAAGGUCUUGCGUGCGCGCGCACCAGGGGGCGGGGCACGCCUGGCUAACGAGGCUCAGCCUCCUAGCGACUGUGCACUGGGGUUACGCUACAAGAAUCCGUCUGUUCGCGUCCUCUGGCCAGUGACUGCAUUCAGGAUGGCAUCGGACUCGGGGGACCGUGGGACCGCUUGCACGCUGGAGUUCGCGGUGCAGAUGACCUGUCUGAGCUGUGUGGACGCGGUGCGCAAGUCCCUGCAAGGAGUGGCAGGUGUCCAGAGUGUAGAGGUGCAGCUAGAGAACCAGACGGUCCUGGUGCAGACCACCCUGCCCAGCCAGGAGGUGCAAGCCCUCUUAGAAGGAACAGGGCGGCAGGCGGUACUCAAAGGCAUGGGCAGUGGCCUUUUGCAGAAUCUGGGGGCAGCAGUGGCCAUUCUAGGAGGACCUGGCCCUGUGCAGGGCGUGGUACGCUUCCUGCAGCUCAGUCCUGAGCAGUGCAUCAUCGAGGGAAGCAUUGACGGCCUGGAGCCUGGGCCACACGGACUCCAUGUCCAUCAGUUCGGGGACCUCACAAGGGACUGCAAUAGCUGCGGGGACCACUUUAACCCUGAUGGAAUGUCUCAUGGGGGCCCCCAGGACGCUGACCGGCACCGGGGAGACCUAGGAAACGUCCAUGCGGAUGCCGACGGCCGAGCCACCUUCAGGAUAGAGGACGAGCAGCUGAAGGUGUGGGAUGUGAUCGGACGAAGCCUGGUCAUCGAUGAGGGAGAAGACGACCUGGGCCGAGGAGGCCAUCCCUUAUCCAAGAUCACGGGGAACUCAGGGAAGAGGUUGGCCUGUGGCAUCAUCGCACGCUCCGCCGGCCUUUUCCAGAACCCCAAGCAGAUCUGCUCCUGCGACGGCCUCACCAUCUGGGAAGAGCGAGGCCGGCCCAUCGCUGGCGAGGGGCGGAAGGGGCCGGCCCAGCCUCCUGCACACCUCUGAGCGGGGCCUCAGCCUCAGGCCCCGGCACUCUCCUCCUGGCUGGAUGCCGUCCUCUUCCAGGCGGAGGAGGGCAGGGGUACGGGGUGUGCGGGAGAAUGCUGUGAGGCUCCCUUGGCAAAUGAAAGCUUUAUUUUCAUAGCGAACCCUGUUUUUCCACGGGCUUGGUGAACACAGUCCCCGCUGCCUGGGACUUCAAAGGCCAGCUCUCGGCUUUUGGAGCCAAAACAAACAAACAAAAAACAAAUAAACUGGAUUUAAACCUA